AUUAUAGUGUGACCAGCGUUUAAGAACAUUGUUGGCUGGAUUAUAUUUUCGUAAUUACUUUGUUAUAAUUUAAGAAUAAUUCUAAUUAAUUUUUAACUGGAACUAAAGCUCAAAAUGCCACGACCAAAGUCAAACGUAUACCGGAAAUACUUUACAUUCGACUCACAAACAAAUACAAGCACCUGUAUGGUCGAAAAGGAUAACAGACAAUGCGGUCAUCAUAUUAUGGGUAAUCAUGGCUCAAAUCUAACCAGUCACAUCAGGCGAUGGCACAAUGAUUUGGUUAUUGAGGAGCCUGAAAGAAAUGGCAAGAAACCCAAGCCUAGAGCAGCAAUGGAUCUGCACGAUGAGGUAGAUGUUGUCAAUAUGGCUCAGGUUGAAUUGGAAGAGGAUACACAAACGUACUACAAUGAUUCCCAAUGGCCCUCGCAUACGCCCGAUACCUCAACACGUUCGGAAUUUGAACAGAAACCGAAAAUUAAUGACAAGCAUGAAGCAGAACUAACGCCCAAUUCGUAUCUGUAUCGUCAGGAUUAUUUGCAACUGAAACGGGAGGAGCUCAAUUGGACUAAAGAGCUCGAGCAUCAAAAACUGCAAAUGGAAGCCAAAAGACUGGAGCUCGAUGAAAAGAAAUUUGAGCUCGAUCGUGAGCGAAGUCGACAGGAAUAUGAGCUAAAGAAACUAGAUUUAGAGCAAAAAGAACGUUUAGUCAAAUAUGAACUGGAAUUAAAAUACGGUAAAACUGUUCCGUAAGCGCAUCCAAAAAGGAAGGAAAUGACUAUAUGAAUUCCAAUUUAAUUAGAGCCCUUGCAGAGAAGUGGUACACCAAUUUCUAGCCAAAAUCUAAAUGACUGCCUGAAAUUCUGUAUCUCCUAUACAUACAUACAUAGAUAUAUCCUAUUUGUAUUUGUAUAAAAACAAAAACACACAAUCAAUGUUAUGAUAAAUUGUUAAGAAGAGUUGUACGAGUUAUUCCAUAUACAUUUAUAUAUGUAUG